AUGGAUUCUUUAUCGGAUUCUGAAGAUUUUCUUCUUGCUCCUCCCAAUUCUCCCGUUAUUCCAGCUCAAACCCCGAUUCCACAACUCGACCUACGAUUGUUAUUCACCGUCAACGGAAACCAUCCGAGAGUCGCAAUGGUCCAACUUACAGAGGUCGUCGAUGAACACUUCCAAGAGGACCAGGCUGGUCCUGAGGAGGACGAAGAUUUCACUGAUACUGAGUCUGAAAUCUCAACCGAGUCGGACUAUGACCCUUCUAGCGAAACUCUUACCGAGCGCCUGUAUGCGCUUCGCGACAUCAUUCCACCUCAGACCCGAACCUCGAUUGCCAACAAGGUCAACGCAACAACUAGCGCAGUCUCAAGCUUCUUUUCCUUCGGCGGCAAGACUCUCUGGGUGAUUAGCACCUCUGCGCUAAUUCUAGGCGUCCCGUGGGCUCUCGCGUGGGCUGAAGAGCAACAAGUAAUGGAAAUGGAAAAGGAAAUGAAGAUGCGUGAGAUGGGUGGAGAGAUUCUAACUGCUGGUGGCGCCAAUGGCCCCAGCUCUUCGACAGCCCAGCAAGUUGGCGCUGCAAUCGACCGAGAGACAAAGCCCUCUCUAUAA